AUGUACCUAUCUAAUAGCGAUGUGAAAGACAAUGCCAAUGUUGAUUAUACUUUACAAAUACGACAAACGAACACAUCACCUAUUACCUCUAAUCCAUCACAAUCAUCGUCUCCAUCAUGCUCCGCAUUACUGGUAAUAGAUGAUAAUUCAAAUUCUGAGGACUUAAACGUAAAUAAUACAAAUAACAUUCCAAAUAAACCAUUGCUUUCGUCUAAUGCUCAAAUGUCACAUAUUCAAAUAUCAACAAAUUUAUCGCCGUCCACAGUUGAUAUUGUAAAUAAUACAGUCGAACAACAACGUCGUCGAAAUUCAUCCAUUGCAAAAUUACUCGGUGGUAAGCCAUUACACAAUCAACAAUAUGAAGAAAUCAAUCAACAAAUACUUGAUUCUCAAUCAGCUCAAAAUAUAACUAAUACUGGUGAUCAUGGAACUGAUAGUGGAAUUCAACGAACACGUAGUUCAAUAACACGAACUUUACUUAUGAACAGAGAACGAACUAAUAGCAUGACAGAAGUACCUACAAAACCGCAAGUCGUAUCAACACCACCAUUUUCAAAAGAUUUUGAAUAUUUAAUACGUGGAGAAUCUGAUAAAUCUGAUAGUGAACAUUCACCAUUCACACCUCCACAAAAUAACUCAACACCAAAAGUUUCUCAGAAUAAGAAUUCUUCUAGUAAAACAAAUAUUCAAUCAACCACACAACCAAAACUAAAACGAAAGAGAUCUAUAUCAAAAACGCCAUUAAUGUCACCAAGUAAAUCAAUAACAAAUGUUCCACCAUUUUCUCUACAUGAUCCAUUUGAUCUUAAAUCAUCAGCAACCAAUUCAGUUCCAUUGAUACAUCAUCAACAAAGUGAAUUUCUUCAUUUUAAUUCAUCAAAACGUUUUUGUCAUUCAAAUCAAUCACAACUACAACAACCACAACAACAAGGUUUAUCAAUGAAAAAACCAACGACAAAUCAAUUUUCAUAUCCAUAUGAUAAAGUUGAUAUGAACACUUCAGUUUAUAAUCAAUUUUGCAUACAUCAUGAUCGAAUUCCUUCAAAUAAUUGUUCACGUUAUACACAUUCAACAAAAUUAAUAUUGCCAUCACCAGUUACAACAUUAUCAUCAUCAUCUGGAACUGAACCACAUAAUAAUAAUAAUAAUAAUAAUAAUAAUAAGAGUACUACUAUGACAUCAAUACGUAAAUCAAAAUCGAUGCUUGUCCAACCUGAACUAUAUGAAUUUCCAAGGCAACGAUCAUAUUGCAAUAUGUCUAAUCACUCUGAUGCAUUUUUAGCAGCAUCAUCUGAACCAAGUGUACCAUUAAAAAAACGUUUACUUCAUGCAUAUAACAACGAACAGCGUCCUACAUAA